GCGCGAAGGUUAGUAUCGCAUUUUGCAGGUUGGGAUUUCGUCAGGCGACUGGCACUCGUCAAGCUAUGCAUGGUAUCAUAAUUUUCAUGUCUUGUAUGUCAGUUUUACCAAUCAGUUCAUCAAAUGUCAAGUUUUUAUAUGAACCUAUGGACUCUUGCAUACCUUGGCUUGGUCACAUCCAACUCAACUGUAAAGUUGACCAUCCCAAAGCAAUUUAUUCCUGGUUAGCAAUUCAUCAUGCACCAGUGGAUUUAAUCUUUUCAAACGGGUGUCUUCAUUACUUAAGAGAACCAACAGCUUUAUUUGAAAGGACUGAAGCAGUUGUGGAAAAUUCUUCUUUUGUAAAUGUUAACUUCGGUAGUUUACUGCUCAAGCAUCCCUCUUCAGUGGAUAAAGUCAGCAAAUCGAAAGCCUUAAAGCUGAAUCAUAAAUCAUGGCUUGAAGGUUCUUAUCGGUGUAAAGCUUCUAUUCCCGGUCAAGGCAGUUUGGUCAGUCGUACUGCACAUAUUCGCCUCUCUGAUCUCUUUCUUGAGCCUAAUCUGCCGACAACUUACAUUCUACCUUCCAAUUCACACGAAUCAAUAACUCCUGAAUUCCGGCAACAUUCAAAUCAAGGAACAUCACCACUGUCAUUACCUUCAAUGGUAGACGCCAAUAAACAUCCUGGUCUCGGUGGAGGAAAUUUCUAUCCAGGAGAAGUAGUUGUUUUACGUUGUCCAAUCAUUACAGUUAGCUCAACCAAGCCAAUCAUUCGAUGGUUUCAUGUUACAUCGGAUGUAAUGGUUAUGCAACCCGUCGGUUUCAGUACAGAUCCAAAUCAUCCACCUUGGUCUAAUAGUUAUGAAGCAGUCACACUGGAUGGUGGUCGUUGGCUUGAAAUUCAUUUAGGUUACCUAAAUACUACUGUAACCAGUGCUGCUACUAGUAUUAAUCAUUUAGGUGGUGGGUCAAAUGAUAAACCAGGUGACCAAUUUAAAUGGAACGACGAGGAUUAUGCAUAUCCUACUCAUACAGGUAAAAAGUCUUAUCCCAAUGAGCAAUACUUUCGUGCAGGAUUUGGUGAAUACUUCUGCGAGGUACAUAUACCAUCAAUGCAAGUUGGCGACACGAAUAAUAAUCUGUCUGAUGAAGUAGGAUUGAAUGGUACUGGACCGUACAUACCUGUCACCCCGUUUCGUCUGUCAUCCUCCUCCUCAUCAUCAUCAUUGAAAACAUCAGCUACGGUAUCUGCAGUCUACAAUUUACAUGAUCCUGAUUCUAAAGAUGCAGUUGUUUGGUCUGUUCAGCCGUAUGAACUGGUUCAAAUUGAUUUACCGUCCUUGUUUAUUCAUUCGCUUUCAACUACUCUGCAAUCUGAGCUGCAAAGUCACCUUUUCGUAUCACGACAACAUGAAUUAUGGCGUAGAGUUAAUUCUUCUGUAACACUUUUAUGCGCUGGAAAUAUUCGUCAAUAUGCUGGCAGUCAGGGAGAUUGUAAUUUGAAUUCUUUGAAAACACUUCAAUUUAAUGAUUUACGUCGAUUAAAAACUGGUUACGGUAUUCAAUGGACGAAAGAUGGUGAAACUUUGUCUGAUAAAUUUUUUCAAGCAAGUCAAAGUCGUUUUCAUCAAGUUGGAAGUGGUAGUUUCAUGAUAAACAAUAUCCAACUAAACGAUACUGGCGUGUAUACUUGUCAAGUUAUAAAUUUUCGACUGAAUACUGUCUUGAAUGAGACAAGCGUUAAAUUGGUUGUUGGGAGUUCACCAGUCUUGUUGAAUGCGUCAUUAACUGACAUACAAGUGAAACUUCAUUUUGAACAAGUAUUAUGGUGUAGCUUUGAAACGAAUUAUCCAACCGUUGUACAAUGGCGUAAAAAUGGUGAAAUAAUCCAGGAUAGCGAAUACUUUCGGAUAAUCAACAAUUAUGCACAAUUCGGUCAAUUUAUACACCAACAAGAACCAGAACAACAACUAAUGAUGGUUAUGGUCACACAGUUAAGUAUACAAAGAAUACUGCCAAAUGACUCAGGUUAUUUUCAGUGUUUAGCAGAGAACAGAUUUGGUUCUAUUCAGCAUUCAAUUCAUCUGCACGUAAUGCAAGGGAAUUCGAACGACUAUGUGAAUGAUGGAAUUGACAGUAGUCGUGACAGUAAUAUGUUGAUGAUGAUACCAGCAAACGUGAGGGCGUUGAAUGUUAGCGAUACGCAUGCCUAUUUGAUGUGGGAUGAACCUCAAUGGUCAUCAUUAUCAUCAAAUUCAUUGAUGUAUUUAAUACGGAUAGAAUCAGACCGCUCUCCUGGUCAUCUUAUCCUGAAUACUACGAAGUCAGCUAUCCUACUUGCUGACCUUCAACCAGAAACUGUGUAUACAAUGAGAAUUUAUCCUGCUUCGAAAGUGGAUCCAAAUCGAAGAUGGAAUAAUUCUGCAUCGAUCAGAUUUAUUACAAAACCACCAAUUCGUCGUCCACUUGCUGUAAAAGACAUAGCUGCAGAAUCUUGGAAAUUUGGUACCUUGACUAUCUCUUGGAAGGCGCCAUCAAGCGAUGGCAGUGACAGUUCAUCAACUGAAACGAUUAUUUCCUACCAGAUAAUACUCCGUCCUCUUGUCUCUGAACCUAGUGAUAUUGACGAUGCGAUAUCACGGAAAGAGAUUAAAGUCAAUGUACAUGUCAACAAGUUAACCUCGAAUGCUGAUCGAUUAAGCUAUACUGUAUUGAAUUUAACACCAGAUGCUUUCUACCAAAUUAUUGUCUAUCCUAUCUCUGAAACGAAUGUAACCGGUCGUUUAGCUUAUUUAGCAUCUUCUUCUCGUGUCGUUUCAAGACCACCAUCGAAAUCGCCAGUUAAUGUUCAAGUAAAUUCUGUUGGUGCUCAUGUAGCCACUAUAUCAUGGCAACCGCCUUCAAUGAAGUAUCGAAAUGGUCAAAUAAUUGUAUAUCGUAUUAAUAUUUCAUGUGAAGAUUGGUUACGUCCACGUUAUAUUAUGGUGCAGAAUAAAUUAACUCAAUUAAUCCAGGGUUUGGUUUCUGGCAUGAAAUAUGACUUGUCAGUUUCUGCAGCUACACGAGCAGGAAAUGGUCCGGAAUCAGAUAUUAUCACAUUUACUACUUUCACUCAGAAGAACAAAGCUGAUACCAAUGCAGAGAGCAGCGGUGAUGGUUACAUGCUACCUAGUGAUAUAUCAGAAGAUUUUGGCAUACCAUUUACUCAGUCGCCUUCUGCGUCCGGUAGUCGGCAGAUCACUCUUUCUUUAGGACCUGUUGAGAAUCUUCAAUGGUUACCUGAUGAACGAAGUCUAUUGGUGUUAUGGUCGCCUCCCAUUAUCUCUUAUUCAUUUGGGAUUCCUCGAACUCAUGGUGAUAGUAGUAGCACUAGCAGAGAUUCGGAUAUUUCGUCUAGAAGUAAGACUGUUGGGACAGAUAUAUCACACUAUAUAAUUGCUUGGGGUAAAAUGCAUCCAGGACCAGAUUCUGUUGAAUUGCCGAGGAAUCAGACACAGUAUUUAAUUGAUAAACUGGAACCCGAUACUGCUUAUUUCAUAAAAGUAGUCGUUGUUGGGGAAAGUCAAGAAACAAAGGAAGCUUUCAUAUCAGCAAGGACGAAACCAGCUUCUUCUAAUGAACGCUUAUUGAUCCCCUUGAAUCUACACGUUUCUUCGUCUGACUCGGAUUGGGCAAUACUAAAGUGGGAUAAGCCGGAGUGUGUUCACCAACAAAUGCAGAAUAACAAUGAUCGCAUGGUUGGUGGCAGUGGCAGUGGUCAAUUGCAUCAACAUCAGCAGCUAAUUGCCAAAGCAUCUGAUUCUUCACUGGACUGCUCGCCUAAUAAUAAUAAUGAUAAUAAUAGAGCCUUGAUUAAAUUCUAUCAAGUUGCUUAUCAAAUGAUUGGUUAUGCACCAAAUCGGACAGAAAUGAAGACUAAAAAUGAUCAAACAACUGCCGGUGAUGAUAAUGGAUUACAGUUGUCGCCAUCAUCAUCAGUUUCACUAAGUGGAGAUAGUCAACAAGGAGAUUUCGCCCUUGACAAAACUCAGCAUGUGAUAAAUGUAACAGAUAACUGGGCUCGAUUAGAGAAUUUACAAUAUGGCCGAUUAUAUUCUGCUGUUGUACGAGCUGUUGGUGAGAAAGCAUUCGAAGAAGCACAUUUCAAUAGUCACCGUGGAUCAUCCAAUAUGCUGUUUAGUGAAUGGAGUUUAGAGCAGAUUAUUGAAACCCCAGAAAGAAAACCUGGGGAUUCACCGCGAGAUAUAUCUCUACUUGGUCCCAGUGUUGGAUCUGGUGGACAACCUGUGAGUAUACGGAUCAGUUGGCAGCCUCCUAAACAUCCAAACGGAUUAUUAACAGGUUAUGUUCUUUACUAUUCAACAAAUCAUAGUCUACCCUUAUCUGAAUGGUCCAGACGACGUCUGCCACCGGAUAGUUUGAAUACAGUCAUCUCAGGACUUGCACGUAAUGCUGUAUAUGCGUUCCGUUUAAAAGCUACAAAUCCAUUCGGUGAUGGUCCAAUGUCUCCAGGGAAAUUUUAUCGUACACCAGAUGUUUACGGUCAAGGUGGUGGUGUCCUGACAUUCACAGAUCUUGAGUACAUUCAUGCUGAUUCAGGUGUCUCUUCAAUUUCUCUUCAUGAUAUGAAUGAUAACCAUAAAUUCUCUAAUAAUCAUCCAGCAGAUUUAACUUUUGUAAAAAUGGCAUCAAACGUGGAUAAAUACUCUAGUGGUACCAUUGACAGCAGUAGCAGUAGUAGUACUAGUACUGGCACUAUUAAUGUUGGAAAGAUUUCAAGUGGAAGAAUGGCGAAUUCAUGGUUGAUCACUGGUGCAAUGGUUGGACUUUUAGUGAUGAUUGUAGUCGUUACAAUUAUUUCUUUAGUUUGGCGAAAACACCGACGCAAUUUUGGCCAAUUUAUCGGGUAUAAACUUGAACAAAGUGUGGGUCACGUCUCAGGGGAAGGUAGUGUGAUGGACAAUAACGCUGACCACAGUAGUAAGAGUAAUAAUAAUAAGAAGAAUAAGAAUGCGAAUAAUGCAAGUCAUCAAUUCUUUGGAAAGAAAAAUAAACGUCUUGGCAAAUCCCUUGGUGGUGCUGGUCAUCAAGAUGUUGCCUUAUUGGUGAGUAAUGGUGAGGCAAUUUUAGCCUCAGACAUUCAACAACCGCUGUCUAAUAGCUUAUUAACCAGUGGUGUUCUAGUGACCAUGCCAACAAUGCUGACGACAUCCGUGAAUUUGUCGGCAACUGCUGCUACUGUUGCUGGCGGCCCGAUCCCAUCGGCUGGCGUCACACCUAGUCAAGGAGUUUUAUACAACAAGCAAAAUAAUAUGAAUGCUGGCUCCUAUUCAUGGGAUCAUGAUUCAGAUUCCCUUCAAUUUGCCUCUGUUUCACAAGAGCGUACCAUUGGUGGUGGUGAUAGCACACAAUCACCAGGGCAUGGACAGAAUACUCCAACUAAUGCUGGCAGUAGAGGAAGUACAAACUCUGCUCGUGAUAGUAUUGGCACACCGACAAGACUAGUACCGGCUAAUUUAGCUUAUCAUCAAGUGCUCGGUUUCCCGAAUGAUGCGGCUUUAGGUUAUGCCUAUCCUGCAGUUUCGCUUGUCCCUUCUAACAUGAUGAUGAGUCCUAUGGUUGUUGGUUCAGACGCUGCUACCGUACCACUGCCAAAUAAUAACAGUAAUAUUCCAAUCACUGGUUAUCCAGAUCAUUUAGUAGUAUCUUCAGCUGUCCUAGUAACUGGAAAUGUUGCUAACAAUAUUAAUGAUAGUAAUUAUAUGGUACAAUACCAUCCAGCUACGUCAGUGUUCAACUAUGCUAAUCAAAUACCAAUGGAUCGACUACCUCCUCCUGUUGUCGCAACUCAAAUGGUCUAUACUGGACAAUCAUCAGCAAGAUUUCCCAACGCUAUGCCGUAUAGUAAUGAUCCAUCUCAAAUGGUUACAUAUGCUCAUGUCAUAAAUCCGUCUUAUACAGGUCAACCAUCAUUUGUCACUGUUAAUACACCUCGUGUCAAUGCAGCUGAAAUUAUGUCAUUUACAAGUUCAGAAGAUAUUGGACCAGUAAUGUCAAAUUCUGCAAAUGAAAAUGAUUGUAAGUUUUUCUAAGCUGAAUAAUUGUUAUCUUUGUCGUUCCAUCUUCAUUCCUGAUUGGGUUCAGCAAUUUUCUUGUCUAUUGCUGUGUCUUGCAACUGGGUCCAACCCGGUUAUGCUCCAUAUCCAAGACUUUGACUUUAGUGGUUCUGUCACUUCGAUCGACCAGAAUGAAUAUCACUUCUGAAGCUGCUUCUCACUAGUAAUAAACUCUCAUGCCAACGAAGGAAAUAUCUGUCACAGAUGAUAUAUUUAUCCUGUGUCUCCCUUCUUAGUCACAGAAAGUCCUAAUUCUUAACCGGUGGAUGAACUUGUCGGUUGGAUAACUCACGACAACUCACAUCACGAUAGGAAUCACUGAGAUUCCCGGGAACACUGGAUACCUAAUUCGUUGGGAUUUGUUGUCUGUCAAGUAGGCUAUCCCUCUGUCUUUCCGUUUCCUGUUUUGAACCCUUUCGUGGUUGUAUCAAAGACUUUCUAAUGUUGUAACACAAAUUGAUUUUUAAUUAUUUAUUUGAAAAUUGAACUAUGGUCUGCAUGGAUUCGUAGUUUAAUAAUUGGGAGUCAAGUGGCAGAGUGCGUUGAGCACUUCACUUUACCUCGGAUAUUGUGUAUGUGCGAACGGACCGAUUUGUGAUAAAAUCACACCCCGGAUAUUGAAGAGUUGUUUGACGUUUGCCAACUUUUACUACUUAUUGUACCUGCAGGAUAUCUGACCAUAUAUCAAAGAAGUAUACUAUACAGAAGUCCACUGUCUUAUUAUCAAUCUAUAAGAUAUUACAGUUAAAAGUAGAUAUGAAGACAUUGUAGGCUAUUGAACACAUGUGUUUAUGCAGCAUCACUCAUGUGGAAGCAUGGUAUGAGCAAUGUUGAAUUUGGGCGAAGGGUACUAUGCAAGAAAGGCCAGUUACUCGACGAAGUUGUCAACCUUCAACGACUGGAGUGAUUUAAACGUGUUGCGCCCCGAAGCACCACCACUUACCUCAAUGUGCAAAGUAAGCCGAAGUAAGAUCGGGUUAGGAGGAGAAGGAUUAGGGUGGUCACACCAAGAUGUGGCACCAACUCUUCAAGACUCCAACUGUUGGUUUGGAUCGUGUUAUUAGGUGUAGACUGUCUGGACUGGAAUCGUCGAGAGGAUAGAAAUCAGUGGUUGCAGGUUCUCGGUGAUAUGCCUCGAAAUAGCGCAGAUGUAAUCACAAUUUGACAUCUUCGAAAUCUUGAAUAUAAUCAUUCACUCUCAUCGAUUUAUGCUCUUUUCUUUCUCUCAUAAAGUUUUGUCUAUUUUACGAUCACCUUUCCUCUAUUUACUUUUUCUUUACAUGCUAUACUGUGUGGCGAGCUGAUACAUUUCUGUCCUACAUGCCACUUUGAUUUGUCGAUCUGGCUGUGUGUAUACAUACAUACAUACGAAUAUCAGAGUAUCAGUUCUCAUGUUUUGUCAGUUGCUUUCUGUUUUUUGGUUAUUGCUGAUUGUAAGAUUGUUUUGUCAGUUUUUCCCUCUUCUUAAUUGGUUUUUAGUUCUCCUAGUUAAAUAUUUCCUCGAUAUUUAAUUCUUCGGGGUUCUGAACUGAAACGACUAAAAUUUGUCGGGAUUACUACUAAUGGGCAACAAAUGCAUUUUUCCAUCGUAAACACUGUGAAAGAUAUGGUUUGUUGGCUUCAAAGUGACCUGUUCUCUGAGCUAGGGUUUCAUUCAGCAAAUGUUCUGAUGUCAUUCUAGUGAUUGGCUUUGUAUGGAUAUUUAUAACGAAAGCCAAUUAUUUCACUUCAUUAUGAAGCUCUGAUGCACUGAUAAUGACGGUACGUAGUAUGAGAUUGAAACGUUUGCCAAAUCAAAUCCUAGCUUGGAGGACAAUUCACUUUAAACAUCCACAUCCUGAGCUACAAAUAAUCUUUACAGGUAUCCGAUUUUCAGACAUUAAGUCUUAGCUUAAAAUUCUACUCUACCAUAUUUUGAUCUGUACAACUGCGGUUAGUUUUACAACAAGCAGUAAUGCGAUAUAUCUUGGUUCAUUGUCUAGUGCAUAAAUAUGUGCAAGGUUGACAUAUUAUAUAUACAUAUAAAACAAACUUUGGUUGCCAUGGUAAGUGUUAGUCAUCCAUCCGUUAGUGGUACAGCAGAGGAUUACUAAUCAUAAGAUUAGUAGAAUGGCCAUGGUUAUGAAUCGGUAUUAUUACAUUUAUGCUAUCACCUUUGUAUUUAGUAAUAUAUUGUAAUGUUACCAUAAUUGUUGUCCUCAUUUCUUCCUAUCCGUCUUCAUUCCCCCACCUCAUUCCCAUCCACUACUUUCUAUCACGGUAGAUUAAUUUUUAGAUAGAUGAGUCAAUAUCCGACUUUGAGAGAUAUACGCGAAAUCUACAUGUUCAUUAAUGACAAAGUGAAUAAGAUUGAAAGAGGAGGAAUAGGUGAAAAGUAGGAGGGAACUCUAAUGCUGUGAACGUCUAUAAAUGUACAUAGUUGUUUGCUUGUUGAUUUGUUCCGCUACCACUGUUGUGCACUGGUCUUUUUAUCGCAUUAUUAUUUUUGUUAUCCUAUACAGGCAGUCUAAUUUGUUGCAACCGUAUUAUUUGUCAGAUAAAAAUACGAAAAGACAAGACAAUGAUAAAUGUUUCAAUGUGUUGUACUGUUGCCUGUCCUUGAUUUGUGUCGGCCUAACUUUAUGUCAUGUUGUAUUUCUUUUUUAACUACUGCUGUCUCUGCGCUGGAUUGCAUAUUCAGUUUUUUUCCCUAUCGUUUGAUCGCGAGGGAUUUGUUACUGAACGUACAACUAGUCAAAUAUCACUCAAAUCUGUAAUCAGGUAGAGUUUCUUGUGUACCAACUUAUUUGUAUAUGUAUUGACGGAGACACAUUGAUUGAGAACAACUAGCCAACCAAGCCGGCAUAUGGUGGACAGAACAUUGAGAAAUACUCUCUACUCUGUCCCUAAGAUAGAUGUAUUCAUCAAGCUACUAUACACUAGUGAUGCAAACAGCUUGGUAGUAAGACAGACAGAAACUUAACGCUGCCAUCAAUAAAAUAUAUCCAAGUAAGGUUAGAAUAAUUGAAAAUUUGACGCUUAUAAUACCCAUCGAAUUCCAUAGGUGAAAGGUCAAGUUACAUUCCAUUGUACUUACCAACUCAAACGUACUCAUGCUCUCACACAGACACAUCGAUCAUAAAAAAUAAAAACCGCAGAAAUUAUUCCAAAGUGGCUUCACAAACAGUAAGCUCCUCAACGCAUUAUUGAAACAGGGCAUAAAAUGGAUGUACACACGUUGGGGAAGUUAUUUUCAAGUUUAUACACAGAAAUCAACCAACCAUAGCUUCAGUUAUCGAUAGAAGAAAGGGUUUGGUGAUUGGUAGUUGUAUCCACAUCUUUCAUGCUCAUAUUUCUUCUGGGAAUUUGCUACUCAAACUGUGAGUAGUAGUUAAUUGUGUAGAUUUAAGACAUGAAUUGACCGAGUGUAAGUGAUUGAUAGAAUAAUACGAGAUACGCUACUAACGCAAUGAGACACUUGGACUGGAUACUAGUGUUGUCCCUUGUACCUGAGCUGCAAAAAUCAGAAGACAAAGACCGGUCUGUGACUGGAAAUUAGACAACUUCAUUUGACAAAAAACACUUUUUAACGUUUUUCGUCGGAAAAUAAAGCCACUAGGUCACAAGUCAGAUAUCUGUUUUCAUUGACCAGUUGAAGGACAAAGUUCCCCACUUAGGUUUUCUCUGCCCAUACGAAACAACAUUGAAAUCCAAAAAUUCUGCCUUCUUGGCUGAUGACUUGGAAUGUUGAUUUGUAUCUAGGCCUCUUCCUGUCAAGAGAUAAUAAGUCGUUUUAAAAAAACGUUUCAUAUAUUUUGGACUUCCAUUUGCAAACAACUAGACAUGUGACUUGUUCCUUGUUGAAUUCACAGUGGAUAUUUUCAGGCUUCUCUCAGGACAAGAGCGAAUUCUAUCAGUCGUAAUUUACUGAUUUGUAUUUUUCUUUCAUUUAAUUUUUUCAUUUCUUAGCCAGCAGAGGAAACUGUGCGUAAAUUUUCCAUGCCUACUUGCAGUAUAUAAACAGGUGGCAAUAUGUAACUGUUUGCUACAUAGAAGACAAACGGAAAUACAUAUAGCAUCUAUAUACUUGUCUUUCCUUCCCUUUCUGUUAUUUCAUUUUUUUGUUUUUAGCACAGAAAUUUAUCUCCAUGAAUGGAGAUGAUCGGUCAAGAGUUAAAUUGUAUAACCAAACGCAUACUACACCUAAAUCUAAACGUAUCACCUCUUCUGGAAAUACUGGUCCGCGUUCAGUAACGUCACCUCGACGUCGUCCAUUACCAAAUUCCAUUCAUAAUGAACAAAAUACUGAUAUACAUUCCCGUAGAUCAACAAUUAAUCAACAAAAUGCAAUCGGUAACAAUAAUACUACUAAUACCACCUGUUCUGGCCAUUACAAUAAUAAUGGUAGUAGUAGUAGCAGUAGUAGCAAGAAUAAUAACACAAAGAGAUUUGUGAAACAAGAUUGCAGUCGUAAUUCUAUGGUUAUGAAUCAUGAUGAAAGUGAAACGGAACUAGAGGGUGUUCAAAAGGCGUUCAGUAGCGAAGAACUUUCUCAAGAAAUGGCGAAUUUAGAAGGUUUAAUGAAGGAUCUCAGUGCAAUAGCCCAAGAAGAAUUCAGUUGUUGACUUACCCGCUUACACAAAACGAAUGCAACGAUAACGAAUAAACCUUGUUUCUGCAUUCCCCCCUUUUUGUAUUUAUUAACUACUAAUUUGUUUUAACGGUAUGUAACACGCUACCACACAGACACACACACACACACAAUAGUGGGGUUGUUGCAGCCUUCUUUUUUCUCAUUUUUUAUGUAUAAAUUUAAAAAAACAAGCAAAAGGUGUAUAGAAUGACAUUUUUACUUAUCAACUUGAGAAGUGAUGUUCUUUAAACAUUGUUAUCAGCUGUUGGUGACUAUCACAUUUGUUUUUCUGUACGGUUAUAUGGCGUCAAAAAGAUAGACUUCAUGGUCAAUAUUUGUCUGUCUACUUUGUGUCUGUUCGCUUACUCACUGAGUAAGUAUGUCACUAACUUUUUUCCUUCGUUUUUUGUAAGAGAAGUGUGUAUUUGUGAAUUUGAAUAGGUUCAUUGUUUAUUUUGUUUGCAAUUUUCAACAGAUUCCAUUGUUUUGUGUUUCCUCGCUAGUGCAUAUCACUUCACUUCUACCUAAAACAAUUUCACUCUUCUUGUUUUUGGGUUUUACAAAUAUUCACCAUAUACGCAUUUAUUUCCAUUAUACGUUGAUUACAUCUGCAUUCAUCUGUUGCGUUCUGUCUGUGCAUUUUGUUUUGAUUUACUUUUACUACUUACUUUUCAAUCAGUAGUACACAUUUACAAUAAAAGUAAAAUGACACACGCAUUGGUAUAUUACAAAUGUCCUGAAAGUUGAGCACCUAGUUAGGUUUAAUCAUUGUAUAAGUAAGUUUCAAUAUGGUCCCAGCGUGUUUAGAAAAUCGAAAACAAGAUAUUUGUGGAAGUCUUUUUGUGUAUGUUACAGGCUGUUCAGCAGAAUAUUCUGCUGAAGGUUAUCGUAAAACUUAUUUAUGUAACUAUUGGUAUUUUAUGUAUAGGAGCUUUGCAUCUUUCUUAUUGAUUUGAGAUUCAUUAUGAAACGAUCAUCCUUUUAAUUCUUUGUGUUUUUUCUGUAGUUAUGUAUAUUUUUUCAUAAACUGUUUUGCAUUGAUAACUUGCUUCUAGCUUUGAUUUCACUUUCGAGAGGAAAGUAUUAUUGUUGCUCUUGCAAAACAUAAGUUAUUGUCGUUAAAGUCGUCACGCUUCUAUUCUUCACGUUAUUGAUGCGUGUGAAUGUUUUUCAUUUGACCAGUUUCUCUUUCUCUAUCCUCUCUCUUUGUACACACUUUUCAACUUUCGUCCUUUAUUAAAUUUUCAUUUCUGUUUGGUCAGAAUAAGAUUACUUUUUUUCGAAGCUAAUCUCUGCGAAAUCAAUGAUAAUCAUAAUUUUACACAUAUUUUGCAUAGAAUAUGCAUAAAGGUGAAGAAAUUAAUCCUUUUGAUAGAUUGGCUCAGCAUAACGAAAAUGCAAAGAUCAUCUAGAAGGCAUGUGUGAUGUUGGAUAUCAUAUCUCGAACAAGAUGAUCACACAUGGAAUUGUCGAAUUAUUUUGAUUUGAAAAAAGUCAGUAGGAAGAAUAAAACUUUUAGUUGAACACUGGCAGUGUUUCCCAUUAUCUUCCAAUCAAG